ACACAUUCCUGGCAGCAUAUCAACAUGGCGGAGAAAGAAGUCCCUCUUACGGCCGUCAAGGUCGAGGCCUUGGUGGUCAUGAAGAUCAUCAAGCACGGCUCUCAGGCCUUCCCCACCACUGCCACCGGUGCCAUCGUCGGUAUGGAUGUGGGCGGCACCCUGGAGAUCACCAACUCCUUCCCUUUCCCCGUCGUCGAGAUGCCCGCCGAGUCGCACUUUGACAACGCCGCUCCCAACCCGGCCGCUGCUGCUCCUCGCGCAAAGGCCAACGCUGCCUACGAGGCCGAGAUGGUUCGCAUGCUGCGCGAGGUCAACGUCGACGCCAACAGCGUCGGGUGGUACACCAGCGCCAACAUGGGCAACUUUGUCAACAUGAACGUAAUCGAGAACCAGUUCUUUUACCAGAAGGAGAUGAACGAGCGCACGGUCGCUCUGGUCCACGACGUCAGCCGCAGUGCGCAGGGCAGCCUGAGCCUGCGCGCGUUCCGUCUGUCCCCGAAGUUCAUGGCGGCGUUCAAGGAGAACAAGUUCACUUCUGAGGAACUGCAAAAGUCCAACCUCAGAUACCAGGACAUCCUGGUCGAGCUCCCCGUUGAGAUCCACAACUCCCACCUGAUCACCUCGUUCAUCCACCAGCUGCAGAGCCCCAGCCAGGCCGCGCCCACGGAUCUGCCCGCGUCUCUGGCCGCCCUGGAGUCGUCCCCCUUCGCCAAGUCGUCGGUUCUGGCGCCCAACUACGACAACCUUUCCCUCAGCAUCGACCCGUUCCUGGAGAAGAACUGCGAUCUCCUGCUCGACAGCAUCGAGGUGCACCACACCGAGACCAACAACUUCCAGUACUACCAGCGGUCGCUCGCGCGCGAGCAGGCCAAGAUCACGGCGUGGCAGAACAAGCGCAAGACGGAGAACGCCAGCCGUGCGGCGCUCAAGCAGCCCCUGCUGCCCGAGGACGAGUGGCAGCGGCUGUUCAAGCUGCCCCAGGAGCCCAGCCGUCUGGACAGCAUGCUCAACAGCCGCCAGGUGGAGCAGUACGCGCGCCAGGUGGACAGCUUUGUGUCGGCGACGACGGGCAAGAUGUUUGCGGUCAAGGGCAACCUGCUGCCGGGCGAGGUGGCCAAAUAGGGGACGUGAUGAUUUGUGGGGAUUCUGGGAAUUCAUGCAUGACCUUACGGCGUAGGGAGGGAAAAUCUAUAUCUGAGGCUGUUAAUACAUUGUCUUUGCGUAUUCCUGUGCAUGAUUCUUCUUGUUGAUUUCCGGAUCGACAGCCCUAACCCUGAGACGGCUCGGGCAAGACGUGGUGAUGACCUCAUUGAUUCAUACGAUAAAUAGCUUGUAUAGGAAUUCUUGAGCUGCAGCUGU